AUGUCGUGUUUGAGCCUUUUGACCUCUGUUUUCCACUCUCCUCCAUCAAGUCAAGAACCAAGUGAACUCCGUGUGAACCAGCAACCUAAAGACGGACAAAUUCUGUGCCUCCCUAAGUUUAAAACAGAGAAAGAAACACUUGAAGUCAGCGUAUUGAAACUUUCUUUCGCUGUGGAUCCUGGGGAGAAAAUAAUCUUGGCUUCCCACACAUCAGCACCCGCCUCCCUCCCUGACCCCCGCUCUCCCUUCGCCCACGGUGAGGUGAGCGGAUCUCACCGUCCUCUCCCCGCGGCCGUCCCGGUGCUGCAGAUCCCGCUAACCGGGCCACGCCUUGGUGAAGAGAGUAGCUCUAAAGCCGAAGUCUUGCUAACAGGGAGCGGGCAGCCUGCUGCGGGGGAGGCAGAGCGGGACCCCGGCGGGUGCUUUCCUCCUCCUGCAGCGGUGGCAUCUGGCAACUGCCAUCUCUUCCAGGGCAUCCUGAAUUUGGGCACGAGUGAGAACAAGCUUUGCUUUGACUUAAUAGAGGAGAGACUCACAAGGCCUGACAUGAAUUAUCUGCAGCCCCAUCUUUUCCAGUAUUCUGAUACGCAAGGCACUAGAAGCUUCAGAGAAGAAAUUGCCGAAUUUCUAACUGACUAUGCCAGAGCUGCAAAAGCACUGAAUCCGGACCAUAUAACUGUUAUGAAUGGCUGUUGUGCUGUUUUUGCUACUCUGUCAACUGUAUUAUGUGACCCUGGUGAUGGAUAUCUUAUUCCAGCUCCAUACUAUGGUGGUAUAAAUUCGAAAACAUGGCUAUAUGGCGGAAUACAGCCUGUUCACGUGCCCUUGUUCAGUGAGGAGACUGAUGAAGAAAGUCACCCUUUCCAGUUAACAGUUGAAAAAUUAGAAGAUGCAUUACAGAGAGCUAAAAAGCAGGGCAUCCGAGUCAGAGCAUUAAUCCUGAUCAACCCCCACAAUCCAUUAGGGGACAUUUACCCAGCACAGUUACUGAAAGAAUGUCUAGAGUUUGCGCACAGGUAUGGAUUGCAUGUAAUAAUGGAUGAAAUAUACAUGCUGUCUGUUUAUGAUGAUACCACCUUCACCAGUGUUCUUAGCUUAGAUUGUUUACCAGAUCCAGAACGGACACAUUUUAUGUGGGGUUUCAGCAAGGAUUUUGGUAUGAGUGGUAUCAGAGUUGCAGUAUUGUACACCCGAAAUCAUGAAAUUCAGAAAGCUGUGAAUCAACUGGCUGUCUUCCAUAGCUGUCCUGGACCUGUUCAGCAUGUUCUCAGUCAGUUCCUUAGGGACAGAGAUUGGUUGGAUAAUGUGUUUUUUCCCACCAACAAAAAGCGACUUAAAGAAGCACAGAAUAUUCUUGUGGAUGGGCUUGCAGAUGUUGGAAUACCUGUGCUCAAAAGUUCAGGAGGACUCUAUGUGUGGGCAGACUUCAGAAAAUUCUUAAGAUCACAGACAUUUGAAGCCGAACUUGAAUUAUGGCAGAAGUUCCUUGAUAAAAAACUCCUGAUUAGUCCUGGAAAAGCUUUUUAUUGUUAUGAACCUGGAUGGUUUAGACUGGUUUUCUCCGAUUCCGUAGAUAAGAUUUACUUGUGUAUUCAGAGACUUGAGCAAAUGUUACACAGUCACGCUGCUGAACCAGGCGCAAACAACACAUCUUCCUCUGCAGACGCUUUAUGCAAUCCAGAAAAAGAUUCUUCAGACCAACCUUCAAGUACACCAGGAGAAGAUGUCUCCCAGCUAAAAAAUAUACUUGUUUAUUAAAAUCAUAUUUGCAUUUAAUAAUAAUUUAGCAUGCUUAUGUUUACUAAAGGCGUGUGUGACUUCAGUAUUUUUGGCUGUAACCUUGCAUAACACACUCACUUCGCUGUGACCUGGCAUUAAUAAUCUUGCAAGUGGACUUGCUAAAGCUGAAUUUUAAGGAAUAUGGACCUCCUGGAUAUUGUGAAAUUAGCCCCUGUGAAGCACAGGACUUUGUUUUACUCCAUUUCAAGUGUGCUAUGUGUCUGUAAAAUCAGUGAGUCUUACUCUAUACUUGCACAGUUGUUGAAUUAUGAAAUUUUGAAAACACUGGUAAAAUGGUUGUGCAUAUUACUAUAUACUAUGGACUGUAUAUUUUAAUCAGAAUACUGAAAGUACUGAAUCAGGUGAUAUUCAAAUUUUGCUAACCUUUUGUAGCUGGCAAAAUGUUUCUGUAUAUUCACGAGAUUUCUCUAAACAUAUACCUCUCAAACAUUUUAUACACCCUUCUGUAUAUGCAUGCUAAGUGAGUACUUUCUGAUUUAGAUUUUUGGCUUCUGGGCUGCCUUUCAGAUUAUGUCUGUGUGCCUGUAUUCAUUGGAUAGUGUUUUCAUACACUAACUAUAAAAAACCCUUGAAGGUCUGUAAUGUAUACUCAUUUGACAGAGUUGCAUGGGGACUUUUUUGCUUUGUUUUUGAUUUGUUGGGGUUUUUUUUUAAAGUAUUUGCAGACUUAAUUCAGCGUUUGCUCCAUUAUUUAGGUUUGGUGAGAGAAAACCAGAAUUGCAAAAUUAACAUUCUUAUGUUAAUCUGAGACUGCUUCUGAGCGUUGGGGAAAGAGAGAAUGUAGAGAUUUGUAACAGAAAAGUGAGGGUUGCUGUGGAUGGCAGCGUGUGUGCCAGCACCAGCAGAAACAGCAGAAGAAGAGUGAAAGGCAUGCUCUGCAUUGAUAAUGAUGGACGCUGCUCCCAGUCAGUCAGACCAAGGAGUGGGGCAAGCCCAGAUGGUCGGCGUGCUGACAAGACCAUAGCACAGACGGCUCCUCAACAGAGGGCCCUGCGCUCUACAAGGGGAGGAUGGCAACAAGCCAGCAUAUCACACGUGCCAUUCCUUUAUGGCAUUAAUGUGAGUGUGUAAAACCAAUUUGUUAAAAGAUUUGUUAAAUAGAUUUUUCUCCAGAUCUGGCAUGGGGUUUUGUUACACUGAUUUUCUACAGGAAACAUUGUUACUUGUUUCUACCUCCAAGUACUGCAGUGAGUUGGUGUCCUGGUUUCAGCAGGGAUAGAGUUAAUUUCCUUCCUAGUAGCU